GGGACCAAAAACGCUCCCAGUUAGCAUCAUAUGUCCCGCGAUAACCCGCCCCUUGUUCUCGCUUUCAAGAGAUUUGACUUGACAGAUUGAUAGCCCAGGAAUAAUUGCAUCACUCGAGCAGCACCAGGAAUCAUGUCGUCAGGGCGCAAAGUCAAGCUGAACAGUGGCCAUGAGAUGCCCCUCAUCGGGCUUGGCACUUGGCAAUCCAAACCAAAUGAGGUCACGAAAGCUGUCGAACACGCGCUCCGCCAUGGAUACCGGCACAUUGAUGCCGCGGCGUGUUAUGGCAACGAGUUCGAGGUGGGCGAGGGAAUCCGCGCGUCCGGGGUGCCUCGCUCCGACAUCUUCAUCACCUCGAAGCUGUGGAACACCUUUCACCGGCCCGAGGACGUCGAGGACGCGCUGAACCAAACCCUAAAUGAUCUCGGCACCGACUACCUAGACCUGUACCUUAUCCACUGGCCCGUGUCGUUCAAGAGGCCAGCCAACCCGCGGGAGCUCUUCCCCUUGAAAGAGAAUGGUGAGGCCGACGUCAUCGACGUGCCAGACUCGGAAACAUGGGCCGUGAUGGAGCAACUCGUGGAGAAAGGCAAGAUCCGAGCCAUUGGCGUCAGCAACUUCACGCGGCAGCGGAUCGAGAGGCUGUUGGAGACUGCCAAGAUCAAGCCGGCCGUGAACCAGAUCGAAGCACACCCAUAUCUGCAGCAGCCGGAACUGCUGAAGUGGUCCAAGGAACAGGGAAUCGUCGUGCAGGCCUACAGUCCGUCGGGCAACAACAUAUACGACAAGCCCAAGCCGAUUGACGACCCGAUGGUGAUUGAAGUGGCAAAGCAGGUGGGCCGGCAGCCGGCACAGGUGCUGAUUCAGUGGGCAGCACAGCGCGGAACCGUGGUGCUGCCCAAGUCGGUCACGCCGUCGCGAAUCGAGGAGAACUUUGUCGACUUUGAACUGCCGGCCGACGCAAUGGCCAAGAUCGACUCGCUGGAGAGGCACGCGCGCUACAACUUCCCGGCCAGGCUGGGUGUCAACAUAUUUGAGGAGGCCGAUGAGAAGACGCUCAAGGACGCCGUCGAGGCGUUUGCGAAGCAAAACCUGGCCCAGAAGGCGAGCGCGUGAUUGGGCAGCAUAGUAGUACACAAGACCUAGGUGAUCAGGGCAAUAGAUUUCUGCUGGGA